AUGGAGCGGCAGUCCAGCAUCCGGCUGGGCGCGCUGGAGAAGCUCAAGAGCUUCCGAGGGAUGGAGAAGCAGAAGAGCUUCCGGGGGAUCAUGUCCCUGGAGCGGCGGAGCAGGGACAGCCCGGGGAAACGCGGCGACACGCCGCUCCACCUCGCGGCGAGGUCCGGGAGCGUGGCCCACGCGCAGAGGAUCCUCGCGGAGCUCAACCGCGCGCUGGCCGCCGAGAUGGCGGCCAGGCAGAACCAGGACGGCGAGACGCCGCUGUACGUCGCCGCCGAGAAGGGGCACGCCGAGGUCGUGCGCGAGAUCCUCAAGGUCUCUGAUGUGCAGACGGCCGGCAUCAAGGCCAGCAAUAGCUUCGAUGCGUUCCACAUCGCCGCCAAACAGGGCCAUCUUGAGGUUCUGAAGGAGAUGCUGCAUGCUCUUCCUGCUCUUGCUAUGACAGCAAAUUCUGUGAAUGCUACAGCUCUGGACACCGCUGCAAUUCAGGGUCAUGUUGAAAUUGUCAAUCUCCUACUGGAAACUGAUGCUAGCCUUGCCAGAAUCACGAGAAACAAUGGCAAAACGGUUUUACAUUCAGCAGCAAGAAUGGGACAUCUGGAAGUUGUAAGAUCAUUGUUGAAUAAAGAUCCUGGGAUUGGUUUAAGAACAGACAAGAAGGGACAAACAGCACUACAUAUGGCUUCAAAAGGACAGAAUGCUGAAAUCGUGGUUGAAUUGUUGAAGCCUGAUGUCUCAGUCAUCCAUAUUGAAGACAACAAGGGAAACAGGCCUUUGCAUGUUGCUACUUGGAAGGGGAAUAUCAUUAUAGUGCAGACUCUAUUAUCAGUCGAGGGGAUUGAUGUCAAUGCAGUUAACAGAUCUGGAGAGGCUGCAUUUGCCAUUGCUGAGAAAAUGAACAAUGAAGAACUUGUUAACAUCCUAAAAGAGGCUGGUGGCGAAACUGCAAAACAGCAAGUACAUCCUCCAAAUUCAGCGAAGCAACUGAAGCAAACAGUCAGCGAUAUUAGACAUGAUGUCCAGUCCCAGAUCAAGCAAACAUGUCAGACCAAGAUGCAAGUCAAUCAAAUCAAGAAGAGGCUCGAAAAGCUCCACAUCGGUGGGCUGAACAACGCCAUCAACUCCAACACCGUGGUCGCGGUGCUUAUCGCCACGGUCGCCUUUUCCGCCAUAUUCACGGUCCCCGGAAACUUCGUGGAGGAUCUGAGCCAGGCGCCCCCUGGCAUGUCCCUGGGGCAGGCGUACGUGGCGAGCAACCCGGCCUUCAUAAUCUUCCUGGUCUUCGACGCCCUGGCCCUCUUCAUCUCGCUCGCGGUGGUCGUCGUGCAGACCUCGCUGAUCGUCGUGGAGCGGAGAGCAAAGAAGAGGAUGGUGUUCGUGAUGAACAAGCUGAUGUGGCUGGCGUGCCUCUUCAUCUCGGUGGCCUUCAUCGCGCUGACCUAUGUGGUGGUGGGGCGCGACGACUGGUGGCUGGCCUGGUGCACCAUGGCCAUCGGCACCGUGAUCAUGCUCACCACCCUUGGCUCGAUGUGCUACUGCAUCAUCGCGCACAGGCUGGAGGAGAAGAACACCAGGAAGAUCAGGAAGAAGGCCUCCGCGAGCCAGUCCCGGGGCUCCUGGUCCCGAUCCGUCGACUCAGAUGAGGAGAUACUUAACAGCGAAUACAAGACGAAGAUGUACGCGCUGUAG